UCCGUCACCAUUGGCGUCGCGUUCGGCGACCAGAGGACAAAAGACGGAGGUGGGUGGGGUCAUCGAUGAAGAAGGUGGGUCCUUUGCGUAUGACAUCAACAACCGCGGGUACGGUAGCCUCGAAAGUAUCUACUUUGAUGCGCGUGUUCGGAAGCAGCACAAAAUUGAUCCCUUGCGGUCCAAGUUUGAUGGGCCGAAUGUCGUGCUGGUGGAUUGGGGCGGGAAAUGUGAUGGGGGUGGUGUUGCGAAAGCCAAGGGACGCAAGGGCAUUGAUGGAAUUUGCGACAGGGUCGUCGAUACAGCCAAUAAUUCCAUCAAACAAGGUGGGAUGAUUGAAAGUGAAAAGUUCGAACUUGAGACAACGAAGGAGGAAGAAGAGGAGAGGGAUCCCCCGGUCCCCCCACCGAGGAAAUACUUUUUAACGAUGGAACACCUUCAGAGUGGUGUGGGAAUUGAAAUCAUGCUACGCUGCCACGGAACUUCAUUUAACCGGAACGACAACGACGAAAGUCAAGAAAUCCCUCUAGUCAAGAUUGAUGAUAUUUCCGACAAUUGUCAACAGGCAAGCAAAAUUCAGCACCAGACCGAUGAUGGUACAAUUUUACAGCAGGAUGGAAUCCAGACAAAACCACCGGUCAAAAUCAAACGUACUUUGACCAAACCACCCACGACGCCCACUCACUUUGGUCAUCAAAAUCAUCCCGCCGCUGACCAUAAUUGUGCUCACGAUGCGAACGAGGAUUCCAAUAUAAAUUCAAAUAUGAUUCCGAAUUUAAAUAUUGAUAACGCAUCAACAGCCCCACUGAUCCUGGUGACCGAUUGUCACCAACAACAAGCAGCAGAUACGGAGCAGUGGCCACUGGAGAGUAAACAGAACCCCAUCGUCCCCCUCCUGGCGGCUAAGCCGAAAACAAACGACCGAUUAUUCGAUGAAAUAAUAGAUGAAAAUCAUAAUUACAAUGAAAAACUAAUUACAAACAGCGGUCGCUUUGAAACGGGUCUGACAUCCCGACUGGCACAAUCCUUUCCCAUCAUGACUCCAUCAGCCCUGACCCCAGAAAACUUCCCUCUCUCUCCCGCCGCCGUUCCAACGAAUCCCCUCCUCGAAGACCCCCACACCAAAUUAAAUGUAUCAAAUCAACCAAAUCGUAAUUGGAUUAAUUUAAAUUCAAAUGAAAUCUACACCGAAAAGCGGGCACGAACGUCCCCGGGCACCGCAAAUGAAGAACGUAUGUCACUGAUGACGCAAACACGUGUCCCCGGCAAUUCUGAACCACCGUCGCCGUGGUCGACCACCAUCCUUGAAACCCCACCGGAAUGUCAUCACUUCCCUAACGAUGAUGAUCCGACGACGAUGAGGAUGACUUCUCUGGGUGCUGACGUGAAAAUCCACCAGCACGAGCAUCCGCUGCACAAUAAUUAUGGAAGCAGCUUCAGCUCCGGCGAUAAUAAAAGUGUUAAAAGUAAUUAUCGGAUCACGACUGCCGCCGUCGCGACGCCACCACCACCCAUUCCACCCCCACCCACCACAACGGCCCCUCAAGAGAUCUUAAUCCAACGGUCGGCGAGCCGAGAUUCCGUCCGAAGCAGUAGCAGCUCCAGUCGGAGAAUCGAGCCGGAGAUGCUGGACUUUCCGCCGCCCCCGCCCUAUCUGUGUCUCUGUGAGGAGGGUUCGCCGCCAUCCGGACGAUGUUCCGUAGAGCGACCGCCUUCCUCCGCGAACAGUAGGUCCGGUGUGGGUGGCGGGAGUGGUCACCCAGAGGAAGUGCAAAUCUGCGACGACGACGACGACACCGACAACCACAACAUCAGAAGCAUCAGAGGCAUCAGCAAAGACAACAGCAGCAGCAAUAGGGCAAUCCAAUAUUCCCACGCUUCCCGAAACUGUCAACGAGAUUUAACUGCGGACGAUUGGACCACUUUCCAUCAACGGAAUCGUUCCGGGAAUGAGGACAACAAUACGGAAGUGCCACUAGGACUCGGACAGCAAAGUUCGAGCGAAAACCGCGGUCCCCAACUUCGGCGCCUCUCCUCCGUUGCUCGCGACGGUAAUUAUUUUAAAACAAAUUUAACGGCUGAUAAAUUUUUGAGUGAGUUUGUCGCCGAUGACGACGAUGGCGUCCAUCAAGCCGCGACCACCACAACAGCUUUCAGUCAGCCGGAAGGCCCGCCCUCCCAGGGGCGGAGACCGAGUAGCAAGGUGGAAAAUUUCAAUCCGUUGCACAAAUCAAUCGGCGCCUUCAUCUCCCAUGAGCGUCGAUCGACGGCGACGACGACGCCACCCCCUAGUUGCAGUUGUUCGCCACCACCGACGACGUCGCGACACCUGCAUCAGCAGACGACGCCCGGGACCAAAAAUAGUCCCAUCGUCACCGGUUACCAUCAGGUCAGUUUCACCGAUGGGGAGUACAUUUUUGGCCCAUUCGAUGAUCGAUCCGAGGAAUGCCGGCGCUUCGAGGUGUGGUGCAGCAGUGCGGAUGCGUACGGUUAUCGGCACCGGAAAUGCCACCACUUCCGGCCAAAUAGCCGGACCGGUUUGCCGGCCGAAGCAGCCGAUUGUCGGUGCUGUUCCGAGUGCCGGAGUCAAAGUUCUCGUACGGAGAGCGUCAGUAGCGACGCAACGACACUGGUGGGGCAAGAGUUGUCGCCGAGUAGGGAACCAGCGGUUAAAACGCCUGAAAUGCGACCUGAGAUCUCGAGUUGGAUGGAAGAAUUCGAAGCGGGGAAAGCAUCAACGGCUGACGACGACGACGACGCCGGUGGUGAAAAUGGUAGGUUCUUUUUUCCUCGUUUUCGAACACUACCCAGCUACCUACCUACAAUCGUAAAAUGGGACGCGACGCUACGUGUGAAAUGAAUUUUCUGUUAGUGUUUCGA